AUGGCCGCAGUUAUAGUUUCAGUGCCGCGCUCAAAUGGAGUCAUUGCCGGUUGUUUUUGUCGCACAAUUCAUCAAAAUCGACUCGUUUAUGAGACGCCCGAUGCCAGCUCCGCUGCUCAGCUUGCAUCCAAACUGGUCGCCGCGGGUUUUUCGGGCGUCGCUCUAGCUGGUCCACAGGUGGAAGACGUAUUUCUCCAGACUGCGGGCGAUCCUGCUCUGGAUGACCUGCCUGACUCGAGACUCGUGGUUCUCGGAAGAUUUUGGUGGCCCUACGUUUUUGUUCUGGUCCUUCUAAUCGCCAUUACCCCAGCUUUGUCGCCAAUUCUGCAGAACUACAAGGCGACUACAUGUGCAGAUGCUGUGUAUACUCUAGGCCCUGCCGAGACUUUAUCUUUGAAUUACUGGGGACAUAAGCAGCCUAGUGAAAUGAAGAUGUAUCAACCUGGCUUGCUCCUAGGUGGGCUCUCUUGGUUGGAUGAGUCUCUCUACCACUUGCUAAACAGCAGUGCUUUUGCCAUGCAUCACUCCAACACGUCUCAAUAUAACGGAUGGGCCCAUACGGUCGAGACUCUAGACGAGCUCAUGAAGUGUUUGGAAACCAGCCAAUCGAUAAUGGAACAAGGCGGCAUAUUCAUGAAAUCUUACACUGUACUACCAAUAAUUGGCAGUAAUGUUGAACAGGGUAUCAUCGGUGGCUUGAAGAUGCUCAAUCUGUACAGUCAAAUUCGCAGUGAUACUAAUAUCACUGCUUCUUACGGGCUCCUUGGAAAGCCACGGGUUCAAUCGGCGAACAUUGGACUGGCCUACACUGCUUUCUUUGUGUUGAUUCAGGCAGUUUAUCCGGCCGCCUUUUCUUUGUAUCCUUCACUCGAGAAGAAAACGUUGGCUCGAGCAGUUGGAUAUGCUAAUGGAGUGCAAAGAGCCCCUCUGUGGGUCCCCUACGCCCUGUUCGACUUCAAUUUUGUCGUCGUCACAUCCGUCGCCGUCAUAAUCAGCUUGAUAUUCAUCUUCCGAAAAUCGACUCUAAUCAAGUUGACUCAAGGAGAUCUGGCAUCGGAUCCCGGGAACAGCUAUAUUCGUGGUGAGGACGUGAAGCCAGUGUCUGCAAAAAAUCACAUGGGAGAAACCAAGGGAGUUGAGAAUGCCCAGGGCAAUACAAAUGUAAUUAUGGAUAAGCUGGGGUUGGCUAGGGUAUGCCGAUCAACCAGCUGUGAAGUUUCAGGGGGCAACAAGCGGAAGCUGAGCUUGACUAUAGCUGUAAUGAGUGCGCCUCCAGUUCUAGUUUUAGACGAGUCCACUUCGGCGGCCAUGGAUGCGCUGUGUAAGCGAGCGUUCUAG